GAACAUCUUGCCCUUCUUCCUAUUACCAAUCUUCCAGUUGCAGCCAAAGAUACAUUUUUCUUCUUGUUUAGGGAUUUAUGUAUAAUGGACGGUGAUCAGGGUAGUACUGAAGAUGAACCUCCAUCACUCUAUUGGGGUCUCGACCCUGUGUUUUCUGCCUACGCCAGACUUUAUGUUAAGGACAUCCUUCAGAUGAAAGAAUCUCGACAAGUUCCAGGAAUCUACUUCUACAAAAGUCACCCGCUGUUCCAGGUGGAUGUACUGGGCACGGUGGUGUACAAACGGGAAAGAGACGACUUCUAUUGCUAUGGAGUGGAUGACAGCACUGGAGUCAUCAACUGUCUAUGCUGGAAAGAUGAGAAAUGGCGAGAUCGUGGAGAGUCUGUAAAGGCUGCAGUUAAAGGUACUGCUGGAGGUGGUUUCAAUAUAGAGGAGCAGCUAAGAAAGCUCAGAGAGGCACAGAGGAGCAGCUCGGUACUGGAGAUCGGAGAUCUGCUCCGAGUACGCGGUUCCCUUAAAACCUCGCGCGAGCAGAGAGAGAUCAUGGCCUCCUCAUUUUAUAAAGUGAACGAUCCUGUGAUGAGUGAGCAGAUCUCCCGGAUGUUGGAGAUGCCUCAGCUCUACAGGGACUGCUAUGACAAACCGUUCCGUGUCCCGUCUAAUGAGCUUCAUUCAAGCUCCGCCGAUAAUGGCACACCAUCAAGUUUCCAGUCUGUUCUGGGUCAGUCGGUUUACAUCCUAAAGGAGUUCCUAAAAGAGAAGGAGGUGACCAGGUUUCGACCCUAUGAUGUCGAGUACCUUUUACACCCGCUGAUCCAACAGCCCAAGCCAAGCACGUCAGCGGAACAGGAGCCUGGUUCUGUUCGUUCGACAAUUCCUGCACAGAUCAGGAACCUCCUCAAAGAGACCCUGAAAAUUCUGCAAGUAGAGGGAGAGAUUUUCCGCAAAGUCCUGUCUCAGGAUGAGGUGUACAAUGUAACUGAACACGACAAAGAUUUGCUUGCAGCGAUUUGUGACAUCUUGAGAGUGGAUUGCAAAAGAGAAAAAUAUGCUGAGAAGGGCUGCCAUGUGCUACACAUCUUGUCCAGCGUGAGGCAGCGUUACAGCUGUAACCUGAGCAGAGAAGCCCUGCAUAUUGCGCUGAAGUUCUUAGAGUGUAACAGUGACAUCAUCAGUACAACAGACUCCCAUUACACCAUUUUAUAAUAUUAUGAGAACAUUUACACGCCCCAGAUCUUUAUCAUGUCAAAGCAAAGAAUAUUCAAGUUUAGAGUUUCUUAAAAAGCCUCCUAAUGGGGCUUCGCAGGGGCUUGCUGUCGAUAUGUCAUUUCUAAUUAUCUUAUAAUCAUUUAUUGAUAUGCUGUUAACAGACCUCAUCAUUAUCAUUUGCUUGCAAAUUGAUUUUGGUCUUAAUCUGUCCAAAACGUGUCUGUUUUACAGAGAGCAAUCAAUUUACACGUUGUUUUAGCUCAAGGAGUUUCUACAUUAGAGAAAGAUGUGUGUUAUAUGAUCAUGAUCGAUUCCCACUUUUUUUUACAGCAGUUAAUUUGAAGAUUAUGCAAACCCCAGAGCUGUAGGUCUAUAGAGCAAGAUUUUGCUCAGCGCUCCACCCCAUUCUUCUUCUUCUUCUUCUUCUUCUCCUUAUUAUUAUUAUUUAAAAAAACAUUGUUUCUUUUUAAUAAAUUGACAGCUGAAUGAAACAGGUUUCCAAGGUAUCGGAGUCCUCUAUAGGGCUGACUUGCCUACGUUUGUAAUAAAAAAAUUAUAUGUUUUAUAGAAUUGAAAAAGAUCUUUGGACAUCUAUAUUUUAAUAAUAAAAAAGAAACCAGCUAAAAAUGUUAUUUUGUGAUAUUAUUUUUGUUAUAAUUACAUUCCAUCAAAAUUUGAUGUUUUUAAAUGAUUAUACUCAUAUUGUAGGAAAUGGUUGUAAUAAUUUCCAGUUUGAUUUAAUACAGCACGAAUGUGUGUAAACGAAGACUGUUUGGGCGAUACAUGGCCACAUGGGGACGCCACGAUCAAAUCAAUAGCCAGCUGUUGAUGAGCACAUCUGUAUCCAAGCAGUUUUCUUGGCCUGCUGUCCUAUUGGCAGCAG